AGAAGAAAGCCCAAGAAAAUCAAGCCGAAAGCAACGCCCUCGAAGAUCGAUCCGCUCGCGCUGCUACGUCAAAUCGAAGAGUCCGCGAUGGCAGUUCAAUCGGAGAAAAAGUCGACAAUGAGCGAAGAGAUCGAAGAUGGAGAUGAAGAGGAGGAAGAGGGUGAAGGGGAAGAGGAAGAGGGCGAGUCGCAAGAACCGAAGGAGUCUGGAACUGGCGAUACGAUUGCCAAAGAGAGAGAUCCAGAGAAAAAUGACGUUACUGACAGUCCAGAUUUCGUGCCACCGCCGGAAGAGAGGCACAAAUAUGUUCAAACAAAGGUAUUCAAUUACACGUAA